AUGGUGAAGUACAAAUGGGGCUUCUGUUUCGUGAAAGGCGUCCCUGUCGAUCCUGAAUCAACCCAAAAGCUCAUCGAACGGAUUGCCUUUAUAAGACACACUCAUUACGGUGGUUUCUGGGACUUUACCUCAGACUUGACUUUCAAGGACACUGCAUACACCAAAGAGUUUCUCGGUGCUCACACCGAUAACACCUAUUUCACUGACCCAGCAAGACUCCAACUUUUCCAUCUUCUGUCACAUACUGAAGGCCAUGGAGGUGCCAGCUUACUUGUAGAUGGCUUCAAAGCCGCUGCUAUUAUGCGAAGAGAGAACCCGAAGCAUUUAGGAGUAUUAGCUUCUACAAGACAUCCGUACCACGCAAGUGGUAACGAUGAUGUGUGCAUCCAGCCAGCAGAACAGGCACCUGUCUUCAAGAUUCAUCCUGACUUGGGCCGGCUAUAUCAGAUUCGUUGGAACAACUACGAUCGGGCAGCGAAACGGAAUUGGGGUUUGAAGGAACAGAACCGCUGGUACAAUGCUGCACGCCAUUACAACAACAUCAUCCAGCGCCCUGGCGUUGAAAUCUGGACGCAACUCGAACCCGGAACAGCACUCAUCUUUGAUAACUGGAGAAUGCUCCAUGGUCGCUCCGAGUUCACCGGAAAGCGACGAAUGUGCGGUGGUUAUGUCAACAACGACGAUUUUAUCUCGCGCUACCGUCUGCUCAAGUACGGAAGAGAGAAGGUCAUCGAGAAUCUUGGGAACCUUGCCUAUUUCAAGGAAAACCCGAACAUGCUUAUCUAG